ACCCAGACUUUCGGAAAGCUCGGGGUCCCCUCCGCCGUGCGUGCAUCCAGUGCUUGCGCCGCGGCCGGCACUUGCGCACCGUGGGCCGGGGCUUUGCGCGCCCUCCAAGCUCCGCGCUCCUGCCUCCCCGGAAGCCCUCUCGGCGGAGAAGGGCCGGGGGUUCCCCGGGCGCCCCCCAGCGGAAGGUGGUGGGGAAGGAAGAAGGAUUUGCAAUAAUACCUCGGGGAGGAGGCGGCCGAGGCGGAGGCGGCGGCAGCUAGAGGCGGAGGCAGAGGCGAAGGAGGGCCCCGGCCCCGGGCAGGCCCCGCCCCUCGCCCCGCCCCGCCCCGCGCCCAGGGCCGUGCAGCCUGCCCUUACCGUGCAGCCUGCUCUUACCGUGCAGCGCCGAGCUCUUCCCUGCCCGCUAACGCUACUUAUCCCGGGAAAGCUCGCGCGGGGCGGGGGAGCAGACCCACAAACUAAAAGUGAAACUUGAGCAGCGCUGGCACGGCUGCUGGCUGGUGCCUUUCCCCCUCCUGCCUCCCCGCCGUCGCCACGCCCUCCGCUGAGAGCUGGAGGCCGACGUCAGGGGCAGGAUUCCUGACUACGCUUGCAGGCAUCUGUCCAGGUAACUAAGGUGAGCAGUUUACUUUUGAAGAGGCUCUUCCAGUGGGUAUAAAGGCAUUUUCCCCUGAUGCAGCAGUGAUUUCUCCACAAAUAUCUUCUGAGAAAGAAAUCUAGAAAACGAGGUGAAAGAAGAAAUGGCCAAUCCUCAGGAACUGCUGACCUUCAACGAUGUGGCCAUAGAAUUCUCUCAGGAAGAGUGGGGUUUCCUGAACCACAGUCAGCGGGAGCUCUAUAGAGAUGUCAUGUUAGAGAACUAUGGACACCUCCUCCUCUUGGGUCUUGUGUCAAAACCAGACCUGGUCAACUUCUUGGAGCAAAAGAAGGAGGCUUGGGAUGUGAAUGGAAAGGGGACAGUAGCCACACAUCCAGGUAGGUGGACCUGAAUGAAGCAAAUGACAGAGGAGAGGUCCAAAUGUGAGGGAGGAAGAUAGACCUUAAAAUGUAGUUCAAGUGACUCUCCUUGAAUGGAAGUUAGUCGAGAAGCCUAGUUUUAUUUCUCUCCCUCUUACAGAGGGACAUCUGCUACCCAACAUUAUCAUGCCUUUAUACUCCCUAAGGAUUCUUCUUUAGCUCCAGUGAUGGUCCAUCAUGUCCACUGUGAGGGCCAGAAGAUUCCCCUUGGAGUGUGAGGGCCUCCAUAAUCUGAGAUCUUCUCCUUUGCUUUGAGGGCUCCAGAGAAAUCUCGGUAUUUCUGAGGAACUGUAUGCUAAGCCAUUUCUAAAUUCUGUUUUGCCUCCUGUUACAAGUGUGUUAAGAGUAGUGGCGGCCAUAUUGGGUUUUGGUGUAGAAAUCCCUGGAACACUGGAGACCAUGAUCACACAUUUUCUGGUUUAUGGUUUCCAAUAUUAUGGAGGCUUUAGUCUUAAUCCUAAAAAAUUGAGAGUCAGUAAUUUUAUCAGGUAACAAAGCACCUCCCUAAUAGGAGAAAGUCUAAUCCGUUAGUUCACUUCAAAAAUUCAUUUUUCUUUGUAUUAACUGAAGCUGAAAUCUCUGUUCUAUGUGAUCAUUCCUCAGUGAUGAAAUAGUUUUUUUAACUUGUUUUUAAUGUUUAUUUAUUUUUAAAAAAGAGAGAGAGAAGGAGAUAGAGCAUGAGCAUAGGAGGGACAGAGAGAGAGGGAGACAGAAUCUGAAGCAGGCUCCAGGCUCUGAGCUGUCAGCACAGAGCCUGAUGCCGGGCUCAAACUCACGAGCUGUGAUCAUGACCUGAAGUCGGACGCUUAACUGACUGAGCUAUCCAGGUGCCCGUGAUAAAAUAAUUUAAUGUACCUAUUCGUAUCCUAGAAUUCUUGCUUAAAUUAAUGUCACAGGGGACCUAGAACAUUUAGAAUGUAGAAUUUGCAGCGUGUAAAAAAGUUUCAAUUGUAACAUUCAUUAAUAAUUGUAUCAUUUUAUAAUUUUGACUUAUAGAAGUUCUUGUUACCUUUUUAUAUGUGUUUUCACUUUCUGGUUAGUUAUAUAUGAGAUUCAUCUCUGAUUUUUAGCUCAAACAUUAUGAUAUGGGCAUGUGCUUUAUAAGAAGUGAGGUGUAGGGUCACCUGGGUGGCUCAGUCGGUUAAGUGUCUGACUUCAGCUCAGGUCAUGAUCUCACAGUUCAUGGGUUUGAGUCCCAUGCCGGGCUCUUUGCAACAGCUCAGAGUCUGGACACUGCUUCAGAUUCUGUGUCUCCCUCUCUUUAUGCCCUUCCCCUGCUCACACUCUGUCUCUCUCUUAAAAAUAAAGAUUAAAAAAAAUUUUUAAUAAUAAAAAAAUUUCAAAAAAGAAGUGAGGUGGAUAAUUCAUAAAAUUUUCAUAUUAAAAAAGUAGUUUUCUUUAAAUAAAAUUUAGGAAGAAUUAAUCAUUAGGGUUUUUCUCAACUUAAUCCCAAGUAUCUGUUUUUCUGAACUUAAUUCCAAAUAUUUAUUUUUUCUAAAGUGAUUUCCCUUAUAUUUUACAACUUUGAUGGUGUUUAUUUAGAAAUGAAGGGUUUUGUUCAUCUGCUUGGUACUAAAGAAUGGAUUAUAGCUUCGCAUUCAUAGUAAGAGAAAGAAUAUAUUAAUAACAUAAAGCAUUUUAAAUGUAUUUUCAGUGUUUACUCAUGAAAUUUUUCAUGAGAGCUCUUUAUGGUUGGUUUUUUUAAGUUUAUUUAUUUAUUAUAAGAGAGACACAGAGAGAGAGGGAGAGAGAGAAUUCCAAGCAGGCUCUGUGUUCCCAGAGUGGAGCCCAAUGUGGAACUCAAAGUCAUAAACCGCGAGAUCGUGACCUGAGCCGAAACCAAGAGUCUGACGCUUAACCAACUGAGCCACCCAGGCGCCCCAUGUUUAUGACUGAUUUUAAUGAAAAUUGUUUACUAUUUAUUGUCAAUGAGACAUUACGAUAAGUCAAAAUGAUUACUUUUCAUGAGUACACAGUCACAGUUUAAAAUUAUAGUUACAUAGCAAGUUUCCUUUUAAAAAUUCAUCUGUUUUUGUGUAGUACUUUUGGUUUAAAUUUUGUUAUUCUGGCUUUGCAGUCCCAUAGUAAUAUGCUUCCUUUUGUCGGGACCUUCCACAACAUUAGGUAGCUGCUUUUGUCAUGGUGUUUUAAAAUUCUCCUUUUCUCUGUAAUUUUCGAGGUUAAUUUUAUAAUGUGUCACUGUGUUCAUGUUUUU